AUGAUUGGAAAAUGGUCCGAAUGUACGGUAACAUGUAAUGGUGGAUAUCAGACAAGAAAUGUAUAUUGUGUUGAAAGUUCCAAUGAUACAAAUGGUAACAUUGUGGAAAAUCGUAAAGUUGAUGAACAAUAUUGUUGGCAAACUCAACGACCGGUAACAAGCCGAAAAUGUAAUCGGAAAAGUUGUCCGAAAUGGGAAAGAGGUGAUUGGACUUCGUGUUCCGUUACGUGUGGUAAAGGUUAUCGUACAAGACAGGUUGAAUGCCGACAAGAAGGUGAACGAAUUGAUGAUUAUGCAUGUCGUGGUACUGAUCGACCGGAUGAUAAGCAACCUUGCUAUACGGGUGUCACCUGUCAAACUAAGUUUUAUAACUGUUAG